UGCGCUCGGUGGCUGCCGCGACUUCCCGCGCCGGGGCCUUGACCCCUGCACACCAGGAAGGACGCACAUCCCGGAGGAUGCGCCCGCGCCCGCGGCCCCGGGGUGCGGCGGCGACGAGAAGAAACCCGGCACCCUGAAGGUCAGCAAGUCAAGUAGCUGGGGUCCAGAAGGGUCUGGUGCCUUCAAAGCUAUGGCAGAGAAGCGGCCCCUGGGGCCCCUGGGGCCUGUGAUGUAUGGCAAGCUGCCCCGUCUGGAGACUGACCCAGGGCCUGGACACAGCCUGCCCCUCUCUGCUGGCAGCCAGGACCCCUGUAGCUAUAAGGGUGCCUAUUUCUCCUGCCCCAUGGGGAGUGCCCCCAAGACAGGAUCUGAGCGGUUGGCAUCCUGGACCCCAUACCCACCGUUGUACCCCACCGCCAUGGCAAGAUCUUCACUACGAACGGAUAACCUGUUGACAAACUGCAUGCUCUACCGCCCUCCGACAGAUGGCUCUGAGAAGAUGCAGGAGCCUGGUGAACUCCUACCCUUUAGUCCCCAGGCUCAUGCAUACCCAGGCCCACCACUGGCAGCACCCAAGCCUGUCUAUCGCAGCCCUCUGUGUUAUGGACUCUCCACUUGCCUGGGGGAGGGAGCAGCAAAGAGGCCAUUGGAUGUGGACUGGGCCCUGGUGACUGGGCCCCUGUUGCCUUCAGCUGACCCACCCUGUUCUAUGGCCCCAGCUCCUGGCAAGGGCCAGUCCCCAGAUGGGACAUUAUUACGUGGGGUGCCAGCUGGGGGUUCUGGCAAAGACUCCUCCCUCCCUUUCUCCCCUUGCCAAGCAUUCCUGGAGAAGUAUCGAACCAUCCAUGGCACAAGUUUCCUGGCCUCCAAGUACACAAGUCCUUGUUCUGGGGACUCCAAGCAGUCAAUAUCAGAGGGCCUGUCCAGUCCUUGGGCCCAGCCCCUGGGGCCACCUUGUCAGGAUACAGUGCCCACCCAUUACCCACUGCCUCCCCCUCCACAGGCUCUGCCUUGCCCUCCAGCUUGUCGCCACCCAGAGAAGCAGGGCAGCUACAGUGCUCUGCUCCCACUGCCCCCUCCUCUUGGAGCCCACAAGGGGACUGGGUACCAGGCUGGUGGGCUGGCUAGCCCCUACCUGAGGCAGCAGGCAGCCCAGACUCCCUACAUUCCCCCAGUGGGGAUGGACACAUAUUCCUAUCCCUCUGCCCCUCUCCCAACAUCCUCACCAGGUCUCAAGCUGGAGCCCCCACUUGCUCCACGGUGCCCUCUGGACUUUGCCCCCCAAACUCUGGGUUUUCCUUAUGCCCGGGACGAUCUGUCUCUCUACGGGGCAUCCCCAGGGCUUGGGGGAACACCACCUUCCCAGAAUAGCAUGCAGCCUGUGCCACAGCCCAAUGCCUUACAGCGCACUUGCCAGCCUUUGCCUGCCAGCCGGCCAUGCUCCGAGCCCGUGAAGCCCGCCGAGAGGCCUGCACCGGAAGCACAAGAGAAGAAAUGGUUGCCCAGUUGCAGGAAAGAACAGCUGCAGCCCCGGCGUGAUGAGCAUCACCCCGGGGCACCCAUCGUCAUCCGGGACAGCCCCGUUCCCCGCACCUCGCCGGCACUGCACCCCUGCGCCCAGGAGCGGCAGUUUCUUCCACAGAAGGGCACCAGGCCUCCCAGCUCCCCGCCAAUGCCCGUGAUCGAUAACGUGUUCAGCCUGGCACCCUACCGUGACUACCUGGAUGUACAGGAGCCCAAGGCCACAGCUGAGCCAGACUCGGCUCCGGCCGCCACCAAGAGCCAGCAUAAAGACUGCAAGGAGACCCUGCCUGUCCAGGAGGGGACCGCAGGGACCUGCUGCUCUUUCCGUGAGGAGGUGGCCCUGGAUUUGAGUGUGAAGAAACCUGUGGCAGAUGCUGCCCCCAUCACUGUCCCUAGUCCUGAAGUGCAUCCCGAGUCCACUGUGGCUGGAGACAGGCCAGGUGUGGAUAACACAGUAUCAGGUCUGCCCGGACUGAAAAAGAUGGUCACAGAAAUGCCUGAGAUGCCAGUGACCACCGAGGCUACGCCAAGGACCAACUUCCAUAGCUCUGUGGCUUUCAUGUUCCGGAAGUUCAAGAUCCUCCGCCCUGCGCCCUUACCUGCGGCUGUGGUCCCGUCCUCGCCCACCCCGGCUCCUGUCCCCGCACAGUCUGCCACCACAUCCCCGUCUGUGCCCGUGGGACUGCAGAUUGUCACUCAGCCCUUGCCAGUGGCAUGCUUCAACCUGGCCCUCCCUAGUCCUCCAGCUAUAGCUGUGGCCUCCCCGGCGCCUGCUCCAGCCGCAGCCCCCGCCCCCGCCCCCGCCCCGGCUCCAGUCUCUGCCGCAGCCCCGGCAGGCUCCCUGGAGCAGCAGUUCACAGGGCUGCACGCAUCUCUCUGUGAUGCCAUCUCGGGCUCUGUGGCCCAUUCUCCGCCCGAAAAGCUGCGUGAGUGGCUUGAUACAGCUGGACCAUGGGGCCAGGCAGCUUGGCAGGACUGCCAGGGUGUGCAAGGGCUACUGGACAAGCUGCUGUCCCAGCUACAGAGGUUUGUGUGCACACAGCAGUGCCCCUUCCCCCACGUGGUACGGGCUGGUGCCAUCUUUGUGCCCAUCCACCUGGUGAAGGAGCGGCUGUUCCCGAAACUGCCACCUGCUUCUGUGGACCACGUCCUCCUGGAGCACCGGGUGGAGCUGCGCCCCACUACGCUGUCGGAGGAGCGGACACUGAGGGAGCGGGCCCUGCACGGGUGCACCUCACGCAUGCUGAAGCUGCUGGCACUGCGCCAGCUGCCCGACAUCUACCCCGAUCUGCUAGGUCUGCAGUGGCGUGACUGUGUGCGGCGCCAGCUGGAUGACUUUGACAGUGAAGCUAGAACUGUGUCUCCCUCUGAACCCACCACAGCCAAAGACCAGCCAGAAAGCCAAUCUGUGGCUCAGAAGUCACCCACCCUCAAAGUCAGGAAACCAGGGAGGAAGCUCCCCACCCCCGGCCCAGAAAAAACAGAACCAGUCACUGGGGGGAGAUCACACGGCCCCUCACCAACCCCUGCUACCAGCACCAACCCAGCAGGACCCACCCUGCGGGCCCGCUUCCGCAGCCUCUUGGAAACUGCCUGGCUCAAUGGCGUGGCGCUGCCUACUUGGAGCCACAAGGCCUCCGGACCAGCCCGUCCCUCACCUCAGCCCCAGCUGCUGGGCAGCCAGAGCCAUCACCUGUAGCACUGGUUGCAAGAGCUAUAGAGGCCGCGAACCGACUGAGGACCACCGUGUACCCUCCUGAUUGCCAGCUACCCAGGACCGGGGUGGUACUGGGACUGGGCCCACUGGACUGGGUCAAAAGCCUCCUGGAUUUUUGAGAGUCAUAGACAAGAUGCCUUCCUUUGAGAAAAACCUGUGGGCAUGGGAGCCCCGUCGGACAUGGGUUUGAGUCCCGGCUGCUGUGCUGUUUGCUACGUGACCUGGGCAUACACUUCGCUUUUUCCUGGAGCUCUCGUUCCCAAUCUGUACACAGCCUACCUCACAGGGUCGUCGUGGGGAUGACGCCUGGCACCCAGAACAGGCCCUUGCCCUCAGCCAGGGCCUGGGACAGGAGAUUGAGGCCAGCAGAACUUUGUCAAAAGUCUUCUUGAAGAUCAGGCCUGGUAGAGCACGGUACGGCGCACGUGGCUUGUACGUACACAUUCCUGCAGACCCGCAGCCGCUGCUGUUACAGGACCACAGCCUGGGGUCGGCCUGGCGCCUCUAGCUCUGUUGUGAAUUGAUGCCGUGAACACCCUGGGCUGUUAGCCACACCCCAGAAAAGUUCUCUUUCUGGAAGCCAAGCUGCUGUGGGCAGGCACUCAGGGACUGGACCUGACAGUGGCAGCUCAGUGAUAAGUGGUCUUGAGGUCUAGAUUGGGGAGAGGGGGAACCCUGGUACUGCCCAAUGCUCUCUUCAGCCAAUUUGUUAAGCAUCUCCCUGUGGUGAACUGGGGGCUGGCAGUUGGUCUUAUUUAAGGUUUUGAUGAGCCUGUGAGCCCGAGGGGCAGGCUAUUAAAGCAUUUGAGUUGGUUUUGGA